AUGCUUCUUCCUCACUUGUCCGGCGCCAUUUUCCUGCUCUGCCUCUUCUUCGCACUACUCGAAGCCACAAAAUCCCUAAAUCUCACUCUCCCUCACCAACACCCUUCCCCUGAUUCCGUCGCUCUCCAUGUCUUAAGUUCAAUCAAUGCAUCCCUCUCACGGAGACAGCUCAGCUCAUCAUCUUCAUCAUCCACUUGCCGUACCGGAAACCCAAUCGACGAUUGCUGGCGAUGCGACUCCUCCGACUGGUCUUCCAACCGCCAGAGACUCGCCGACUGCUCAAUCGGCUUCGGCCGCGGCACACUCGGCGGCAAAAACGGCCGGAUCUACGUCGUAACGGACUCCUCCGACAACAAUCCAGCAAACCCAACCGAAGGGACACUCCGUUACGGCGUAAUCCAGGAAGAGCCACUCUGGAUCGUCUUCUCCUCAAACAUGCUCAUCAGUGGCAAUCCCACCAUUAACAGCCAAGGGAAUCGUUACUCUGCUCCUUCUGAUCCUAGCGCCAAAGAGGUGACGAAGCGAGUGGAUUCGAAAGACGAUGGUGAGUGGUCGAAUUGGAAUUGGAGAACGGAAGGAGAUCUGAUGGAGAACGGAGCUUUCUUUGUGGCCUCUGGUGAAAGUGUGAGCUCACUGUUCUCUAAAGCUUCGAGUGUGGAGCCUAAAGCUGCGGCUCUCGUAGACCAGCUCACUCAAAACGCUGGCGUUUUUGGCGGUCCCAGGGAUGAUGAAGGUCAGAGUGGCGAUUCUGGCGGCGGUGGAAGCGGCGGUAGCGAUAUCAGCGGUGGAGUGAGUGGUGCUAUAGGCGGUACGACGAGAGGAAGCAGCAGCAGCAGCAGCGGCGGCGAUGACAGCAAUUUCUUUGGGAUGAUAUUCGGAAGCGAUGCACCGCCGCCUCGGCCGCGUUUAACGUUAUUGUUUUCUUUGUUAAUGAUUUGUGUUUUGUCAUCAUCAACAACUCUAUUAUUGUUGUAG